AUGGCAGUUUGGGACAAAAACAGUCUGUGGGGGCUCCUGUUCCUGCUGGCAGGUGCUGUGGGUCAAACUGUGAUCUUUCCUUUCACGUCUACCUGUGCUGUCAGAGGAUCCACUGUCACCCUCCCCUGCACCUUCACACCUCUGAAGUCUUUCUUUGAUGGUCGGAGAGAAGUUCCACCAGAGCUCAUCAGAGUCCUCUGGUAUCAGAGCCAGCAGCAUCAGCUCUUCUGCACUUUCCACCAACUGGAGGUCACCUGGUUCAAAGAUGGCCACGCCCUCUCAGACACUGGCCCCUCUCUUGAGCUCGACUUCCUGACUGCAGAGGAUUCUGGGAACUACACCUGUGCUCUGAAGGCCAACAUGGAGACUCUCUCUGAGCCGCACAGCCUGCAGGUGACGGGAGAGGCAGGUGCUGUGGGUCAAACUGUGAUCUUUCCUUUCACGUCUACCUGUGCUGUCAGAGGAUCCACUGUCACCCUCCCCUGCACCUUCACACCACCUAAGUCUGUCGAUCAGAGAGGAAGAGAAGUUCCACUAAAGAUCGUCAGAGUCCUCUGGUAUCAGAGCCACCGCUAUCAGCUCUAUCAGCUCACCAAACCAUCUGUGUACGACAGUGAUUCAACAAACAACGAUCCUCGUUAUCAAUAUCUGGGAGACAUGGAGACAAACUGCACUUUACAGAUCAGAGAUGUUCAGCAGGGAGACCACGCAAGCUUUCGCUUCAGGAUGGGAGUUAAUCAUCGUGGGGGACAUUUUACUAACGGCACAGGAGUGACUGUCAGAGUUACUGAUGGGAUUCAGAUGGGAAUAAUCAGCUCCAGUGAUGAUAACAAGUUCAGAAAAAAAGAAACCGUCACACUGCUCUGUGCUUCAGUCUGCACUUUUCAUCACCUGGAGGUCACCUGGUUCAAAGAUGGCUGCAUCCUGUCAGAAACAGGCUCCUCCCUCCAGCUGAGCUCUCUGACUGCAGAGGAUUCUGGGAACUACACCUGUGCUCUGAAGACCAACAUGAAGACUCUCUCUGAGCCGCACAGCCUGCAGGUGGAGGCAGAGGCAGGAGUCAAACUGGACAAAGUGGACAACCUGACAGUUGCCCAUCUGCUUCUGUUCAGUGCUCACACAGUGCUCGUCAUCUUUCUGGCAUCAGUAAUACUCAAAGAUCACGAGUCCAACAUCAUCAUCAAGUUUGGGGAUGACACAACCAUCAUAGGCCUCAUCACAGGCAAUGAUGAGACGGCCUAUAGAGAGGAGGUGAUGGCGCUGUACGAGUGGAGAAUCAAACUGAACAAACCGAAGAAGAGGAAUGCUUCGUCUCUGUCCCAGAGAACAUCUUAG